AUUGGCUUUUUGAUUUGGCUUCUCUGCUGCAGUUGUGCACAAGGCUGGCUGGGUCUGCCUCUCAUCCAGAAAGCAAGCAGGCGCCGAGGUUGGCCCGCUUGCUGUCUUGCCAGGCUGCAAAGUCUCCCUCUCUCUCUUCUGAAGCACCAGGGAUGGUGUGAGAAGAAGCCCACCCUGCUGUCUAUUUUCUUUUGGAAGAGGCGGGGUGUGCCGCCACCACCACCUCCCUCCCAACCACCCCCGCCCUUCUCGCUCGCCCACCUUAUCUUCAUCUCCACUGUGCCUCCCUCCCCCCCUCCAAAUUACUCUGCACACACCACCGAGCAUAAGCGAGGCCGGGCGGUGGGGAGGGGGAAUCGCCCGUGUUUUUUAAACCCACGCACUUCCCCUUUUUCAAAUGCACUUCCCCACGCGCAGCGGUGGAAGAGGAGCUCGGUCCACCGGCGAGCCAGGCAAGUUGGAUUGACAUGCCAAGGAGGCCCCCCCUCGCACCCUCUCCGCUCCACACCUCACCAUCCUCCCUCCUGUCCUGGCAACGAUCGGGCACGAGAUGCAAUGAGAUCGCUUUAGAGAACCGGAAGGAUCUGUAAACUGGGGAGCAAGGAGGACCCCCGCCCCCCCGCAAAGAAUCAGAAAGGUUCUUAACCUGGAAAGAAGACUGUUGCCUCUGGACAGUAGAAGCUAAAUCUUGUGUAUGGCGUGGUUAAGGUUGCAACCUGUCAGCUCAGCCUUCCUCCAUUUUGGGCUCAUUACUUUUGUCCUUUUUUUACAUGGUCUGCAGGUGGACGCUGGCACGGGGGCAGAUCCAGCCAGCAUAGGACAAAACAGUACAUGCUCAGGUUCCUCGGUGUGCAAGGAGGGUGUUAUCUUGCCAAUAUGGUACCCAGAAAACCCAUCUCUGGGGGACAAAAUUGCCAGGGUUAUUGUUUACUUUGUGGCGCUGAUCUAUAUGUUCCUCGGAGUCUCCAUCAUUGCCGAUCGCUUCAUGGCAUCCAUAGAGGUCAUUACUUCGCAAGAGAAAGAGGUGACCAUCAGGAAACCCAAUGGAGAAACCACCACCACCACCAUCCGAGUUUGGAAUGAAACUGUUUCCAAUUUGACCCUCAUGGCUCUUGGUUCCUCUGCUCCUGAGAUCCUCCUGUCAUUGAUAGAGGUCUGUGGCCAUGGAUUCAUUGCUGGCGAUCUGGGACCUUCAACCAUAGUUGGCAGUGCAGCUUUCAAUAUGUUUAUUAUCAUAGCCAUCUGUGUCUAUGUCAUUCCUGAUGGUGAGGUGAGGAAGAUAAAGCAUUUGAGGGUCUUCUUUGUCACUGCGGCUUGGAGCAUCUUCGCUUAUAUCUGGUUAUACAUGAUCCUUGCGGUUUUCUCUCCAGGAGUGGUCCAGGUAUGGGAAGGCCUCCUCACUCUGUUCUUCUUCCCUGUUUGUGUCCUCCUGGCUUGGAUAGCAGACAGAAGGCUGUUCUUCUACAAGUAUAUGCACAAAAAGUACCGUACUGACAAGCACAGAGGUAUUAUCAUUGAGACUGAGGGGGAGCACCCCAAAGGGAUUGAAAUGGACGGUAAGAUGAUGAACUCUCACUUUCUGGAUGGAAACCUAGUGCCUAUGGAGGGGAAAGAGGUGGACGAGUCUCGCAAAGAGAUGAUCCGGAUUCUCAAGGAUCUGAAGCAAAAACAUCCAGAGAAAGACUUAGACCAGCUGGUGGAAAUGGCCAAUUACUAUGCCUUAUCUCAUCAGCAAAAGAGCAGAGCAUUCUAUCGGAUUCAGGCCACCAGGAUGAUGACCGGAGCAGGAAAUAUCCUUAAAAAGCAUGCAGCUGAGCAAGCCAAGAGGAGUGCUAGCUUACAUGAGGUGCGGCCAGAGGAACCAGAGGACUUUAUCUCAAAAAUUUGUUUUGAUCCUUGCUCCUACCAGUGUCUGGAGAACUGUGGUGCUGUCCUCCUAACCGUCGUUCGGAAAGGAGGAGACAUAUCCAAGACAAUCUAUGUGGACUAUAAAACGGAGGAUGGCUCUGCCAAUGCGGGGGCUGACUAUGAGUUUACAGAAGGGACGGUUGUCUUGAAGUCAGGGGAGACCCAGAAAGAGUUCUCUAUAGGGAUCAUUGAUGAUGACAUCUUUGAGGAAGAUGAGCAUUUCUUUGUGCGCCUCAGCAACCUGCGGGUGGUUGAGACAGACGAACCUCCUCCGGAGCUCAAUAACUUGCCAUACCCCAAGGCCAUGCUGGCCUCUCCUUAUGUGGCCACUGUGACUAUCUUAGAUGAUGACCAUGCGGGCAUCUUCACCUUUGAGUGUGACGUGAUACAUGUCAGUGAGAGCAUUGGGGUAAUGGAGGUGAAAGUCCUUAGGACAUCUGGUGCCCGAGGUACAGUCAUAGUCCCUUUUAGAACAGUAGAAGGAACAGCAAAAGGAGGCGGAGAGGACUUUGAAGAUGCUUAUGGGGAGCUGGAGUUCAAGAACGAUGAAACUGUCAAAACUAUUCACAUCAAGGUAAUUGAUGAUGAGGAGUAUGAGAAAAACAAGACUUUCUUCAUUGAGCUGAUGGGCCCACGCAUGGUGGAUAUGAGUUUACAGAAAGCACUCCUCUUGACACAAGAAGUGGCAGAAAGGAAGCUGACAAUGGAAGAGGAGGAAGCCAAGCGUAUUGCAGAGAUGGGGAAGCCAAUACUGGGCGAGCAUCCUAAGCUGGAGGUCAUCAUUGAAGAGUCCUAUGAAUUCAAGAGUACUGUGGACAAGCUCAUCAAGAAGACAAACCUCGCCUUGGUUGUAGGAACGCAUUCGUGGCGGGACCAGUUCCUGGAAGCCAUUACUGUCAGCGCAGCUGGCGAUGAGGACGAGGAUGAGUCUGGCGAAGAGCGCCUGCCCUCCUGCUUUGACUAUGUCAUGCACUUCCUGACGGUCUUCUGGAAGGUGCUCUUUGCCUGCGUCCCGCCCACCGAGUACUGCAACGGCUGGGCUUGCUUCAUCGUGUCCAUCUUGAUCAUCGGCAUGCUCACCGCUGUCAUUGGAGACUUGGCUUCUCACUUUGGCUGCACCAUUGGCCUCAAGGAUUCAGUGACUGCUGUUAUCUUUGUAGCCUUUGGGACUUCAGUUCCAGACACUUUUGCUAGCAAAGCAGCCGCCGUCCAGGACGUGUAUGCAGAUGCUUCCAUUGGCAAUGUCACGGGCAGCAAUGCCGUCAACGUCUUCUUGGGCAUUGGACUGGCGUGGUCAGUGGCCGCCAUCUACUGGGCUUACCAGGGAGAGGAGUUCCACGUGUCAGCAGGCACCCUCGCCUUCUCUGUGACGCUGUUCACCAUCUUCGCUUUCGUCUGCGUCAGCGUCCUGCUGUACCGGAGGCGGCCUCACCUCGGAGGGGAACUGGGGGGCCCCAAAGGGUGCAGACUUGCCACAACUUUGCUCUUUGUGAGCUUGUGGCUCCUGUACAUUUUGUUUGCCACCCUGGAGGCCUAUUGCUACAUCAAAGGGUUCUAAGCCACGGAGCUGGAAGAAGGGAGGGCUUUCCCCCUCCUUCGUUACCUCAUUGGAUGCCAGUCCUCAAAGCAUUGUCAAACCAGGACUGACAGCUAUCAAUCAAGAUUCCAUAACGGCCCAGACUGAAGGACAACUGGGCUUUAAGAAGGGCAAAACUAUCCUCAUACAAGGGGGGGAAACCCUGACAAUUAAAAUAAAGCCAACCAUGUCAACCCA